AUGCCAUCUCUCAUUCGUCUCUCCGGCUGCACCUCCAUCGCCGGCCACAGCUCCAGCCGACCACCAUUCAACUUUCGGCAUCCCCGUCGCCGAUUAGCACCCUCGUCGCCGCCUGCUCUCCAAUCGAAGGCAUCAGGCGCGCAUUUGGACUUGUACAACGAUCGAUUCAGGCGACCAGCGUCGGCCAUCGAGGCAUCCCCGUCGCCGAUUAGCACCCCCGUCGCCGAUUACCACCCUCGUCGCCGCCUGCUCUCCGAUCGAAGGCAUCAGGCUCAUCUCGAAUUGUAUCGCGAUCGAUUUAGCGACCAACGAAGCGAACAGUGGUUCUCAAUCAAAUACCCUUCCAGUUUUCUUCAAGCACUUCUCUAUUUGGAAUUUCCGCUCAAGCUUUUGGCAUUUGUGCUUCAGAGGGCAAGUCCGUCUCGUUCCUUCCGACGAUUCCCCACCAAAACCCACCCCUGUUCCGGCUAUUCCCCACCAAAACCCACCUUGCUGUUGCUGUCGCUGUCCCGCACCACCAUCGACCUCCUCAUACCGUCACAGGCCUGCAUCCGGCUGUCGUUAUUGCAAACCACCACGAUCCUGCAGCAUACCGCCACCGUCACUGCCCCAACAGCUCCAUUAACGACACCUGAAGAUCGAAAUGACAUCAAAUAG